CGCCGCUGAUCCAUUGGUUCAAUCUGAAGUGCGCAGUAGAGGGAGAAACAAAAGAUCUGCCGCUGAUUGAGAAGGAAAACCGUCGUGCAGAAGACAGCCGCAACGUUGCUCCAAUUGCGCCACCGACCGUCAAGAAGCCGCCGUUCAGAUUGUUAGGUAGAAGGUUCAGAUUCCCAGAUGAAUCACUUACAAGAAAACUUAAUUGAACUAGAAAUUGAGGGCGAGAAUGUUUUACUGGCACGACAGCAGUUGGUUGAAAACGACAAGGAACGAAACGGAAACAGGGAAGCAUUGACAGCGUUAAGGAAGAGAGCCAAAACAUCAAAAAGCAGCAUAGCUUCACCUUUCGAGUCAAUCAUGAGGGAUGUUGAGUCAAGACCAUUGGUGAGAGAAGUUUGUUCAACUUGUGGCAAUCAUGAUGUGAACGAAAGAAAAUGGCUUAUGUUUCCGGGAACAGAUGCAUUUGCUAGUAUUCCAUUUCAUGCUGUUCAUACCAUUCUGGAGCAAGAUCAAAACCGACUAGAUUGUGAAGCAAAGAAACUCCAGAGCUAUAUCAAGGAGAAGUCCUUUUGCAUAUCGGAAAAAGGAGGUCUUGCUGACAGGAUCAGCCCCAGCGUUCUUCGAUCCCUAGUGACCUUAUCUGAUGCACCAAAGAAAGUUGUGCCACCUGAAUGACUCCAUCUGAAUGACCUGUUCGCUGAUAACUACGUGCUCUCCGCCACUUUUUUUCUCCAGAUUUUUUGGUGAUCAUUAUGUUUUCCCUCUCAGGAGGAAAAUUAGAUACUGAUUUCAAGCAUGAAGGACCGGUUCAUGUAUUGUGAUUCCCAUUACUUAUUUUCAAUAUUUAGUGCUCACUUUAUGUCAUGCUGUACAACAACAACAACAACCCAGUUAAAUCCCACAAGAGUAGGGUCUGGGGAGGGUGUGUGUACGCAGACCUUGCCCCUACUCGAAAGUAGAGAGGCUGUUUCCAAAGAGACCCCCGGCUCAACAUCGAAAGUUGCAGUGUUUGACUAAUUGCUACUUCAUUAAUUAAAGAAGCGCAGAUAGUUUAGAG